UCCUCCUAUAUAUAGAACGCGGCACACAGAGGAAAAAAAAAAUUUGCAAAAGAAGCAACGCUCUCUCUUCUCGACAAUGGCCAAAAGCGAGGGCUCAAGUUCAAUUCCGAAGCCGAGGUGUUCUCUGGGCACCAUGGAUGAGGUGAGGCUGAUCUUUAACAAGUACGACGUGAACGGCGACGGCAAAAUCUCCUACGACGAGCUGAGGCAAGUCCUGAGCGCGCUCGGCCAGACCGCGGCAACCCCCAAGGAGGCGAGGUGCAUGCUGUCGGAGAUCGACAGGGACGGGGACGGCUUCAUCGACCCCGACGAGUUCGCCGAGUUCUUCGCGAGGGGGCCGAGCGCGGGCAGCGAGGACGAGCAGCGGGAGAUCAAGGAGGUGUUCGACAUUUACGACCUGGACAAGAACGGGCGGAUCUCGGCGAAGGAGCUUCACACGGUGAUGGCGAAGCUCGGGGAGAAGUGCUCGCUGAGUGAUUGCCGGAGGAUGGUCGGCUCUGUGGACAGGGACGGAGACGGCGAGGUCGAUUUCGAGGAGUUCAAGGCCAUGAUGACAAGGUCAAGCCCUUCUGAUUCGAACAAGUGACGGUGACUUGAAUCCAUGGACGUGGAGUAAAACUCGUUUUGUGCUCUCUCUUUUUCAAGCCGUCCUUUAGCGAUUGACUAUUUUGUGGGAGAGAAUAUUCACAAAAUCUCCUGUGGUUGGUAAGUAGGUUUUGAUGUGAACAGUGUUUAUUGUUUUGACUUUGAUUAGGGAUUGUACUUUGGGGCUCACAAAAAAUUUGUCUUGAUGUUCGGAGGGGAGUGUGAACAUAAGACUUCAUGGUAGGUAUUGUACAUGGUGGAAUAACCGACGCGAAGGAGAUCAUAGGAGAUUUUUUUA